AUGAGUAAAAACCAAGAUGGGCUCCCUCAGGCGCUUGAGAACCAGUUCAUACUGCGCCUGCCCCCAGAACACGCUUCCGCCGUCAGGAAGAUCAUCCGUUCUGGAAGCGCUGCUGCGCGCGCGAAACUCAAGAUUGACCUGUCGCCUGACGCGCGGCGUGCCACCGUUCAGGUCGACGAUGUCUCCCUGUCAGCCAGAGUGGUCGAUUUGCCUUGUGUCAUCGAGAGCCUGAAGACGCAUGACAGGAAGACCUUUUAUAAAACGGCGGAUGUUUGCCAGAUGCUUCUGUGCAGCAGCGCCUCCGAAGGUGAUGCCCACUCCUCCCAGGAAGAACCAGCCACGUCUGCUGCUGCUGCUGCUGUGGUGGGAAGCGAAAGGGAAGCAGAGGGAAAAUAUACCUGGAAGCACGGCAUUACUCCACCACUGAAGAAUGUCAGGAAGAAACGGUUUCGGAAACCAACACAAAAGCCCCCCGAUAUGAAGCACGGCGAAGAGAGCGGCAGUGGCUACAUUGACUCUAAAGAUGUGGAGAAGGAAGUGAAGAGGCUGCUGCGCUCCGAUGCUGAAGCCAUCAGCAGCCGAUGGGAAGUCAUCGUGGAUGAUGAAACCAAGGCAGACAGGAGUCAGACCUGCACUCCGCAGCUUCCUUUGCCCUCUGAGGUUGGUGGUCAUACUUCAGCAGCAUGUGCUAUGCCUCAGAGCACAUUCAGUGAUUCUAGCAGUGGCAAAGAUGAUCAAGAGAAUAAAGAGGAGGAGGAGGAAGAAAAAGAGGAAGAGGAGGGGAAGGAGAAGGAAGAGGAGGAAGAGGAGGAAGAAAUGGAAGAGGAGGAAGAAGAUGAUUCUGAAGAAGACCUGGAAAGAGACCUACAAGCCAAAUUUAUGGAGUUUAGCUUGUGCAAAGCUAAUGAAAGUAGCAGUUCAAUAAUUCUGGGAAUGCAGAAGCUGAUUCAUUCCAAGGAGAGAAAACUCCAAGAGAUCCAGGGCAAAGCACAAAGACAGAAAGAUCUCCUCAGAAAAUUGGAAAACCUGACCCUCAAGAGUCAUUUCCAGUCUGUGCUGGAACAGCUCAAGUUACAGGAGAAGCAGAAGUAUGAACAGAUCCUUUUCCUACAGGAACAACUGAAGUAUUUUUUGAAGAAGUAA